CUUUCCUUGUAUGUAUGCGUUCUCGUCUAUAUAAAUCCUACACGUUGCACAUGACACGUACGGGCUCGUCGGCGGCGAUGGCGAAGGCGGCGGCGGAGAUGGACGUCGGCGGCGGCGAGGGGAGGAGGUGGAAGCGGACGCGGGGGCGGCAGAGGAUCGAGAUGAAGCUGAUCGAGAACAAGGAGGCGCGGCAGGUGUGCUUCUCCAAGCGCCGCGAGGGAGUCUUCAAGAAGGCCAGCGAGCUGUCCGUGCUCUGCGGCGCGCGCGUCGCCGUCGUCUUCUUCUCCCCCGCCGGGAGGCCGCACUGCUUCGGCCACCCCUCCGUCUCCGCCGUCGCCGACCGCUUCCUCCUCGGCCGCUCCCCCGCCGACGCCGCGGCGGCGGCGGCGGAGGAGGAGGAGGCGGUCGUGCGCGAGUUCAACCGCGUGGAGGAGCGCCUGAAGGACGCGCUCGGCGCGGCGGCGCGCAGGCGGGACGCGCUCGACGAGGCGGCGCGCGUGGCGGGCGUCUGGAACGACGCCGACGUGCGCCGCGCGGGGCUCGCCGACCUCGUGUCCAUGCUCGCCGCGCUCCAGAGGGUCCAGGCCGAGGCGUCGGAGCGCGUCCACGACAUCAUCGUCGAGGAGGCGAUGACACACUACACGGGCGCCGCCGCCGCCGCCGCCAACCUCAUCGACUACCUCGACGCCGGCCCGUUAGUCUCUCACAGCCCCGGGAGCCACGACACCACGACGAAGUUGAUCGGCGGCAACGCUGUCCAUGCGCCGCCGUUGUCCUUCCCGCCGAUGAUAAUGCCGCCGCCUCUCCCCCCGCAGUUCAGCCAUGGAUUUGGGUACACUGACCUCGCCGCCGGCUACGGCUACAACCUUGACCACGGCCAUGGCGCCGCCUAUGAAACGGAAGAAUUUCACAACGCGGCAGCAUGCGACUUCUUUUAA